AUGCCCGCCAGCAUGUUCAGCAUCGACAACAUCCUGGCCGCCCGGCCGCGCUGCAAGGACUCAGUGCUGCCCGUGGCGCCCAGCGCCGCGGCUCCCGUCGUCUUCCCGGCCCUGCACGGGGACUCGCUCUACGGCGGCGCCGGUGGCGGCGCCUCCUCGGACUAUGGCGCCUUCUACCCGCGCCCCGUGGCCCCGGGCGGCGCAGGCCUCCCGGCCGCGGUCGGCGGCUCGCGCCUGGGCUACAGCAACUACUUCUACGGGCAGCUGCACGUGCAGGCGGCUCCCGUGGGCCCGGCCUGCUGCGGGGCCGUGCCGCCGCUGGGCGCCCAGCAGUGCUCUUGCGUCCCGACGCCCCCAGGCUACGAGGGCCCCGGCUCCGUGCUGGUGUCCCCCGUGCCGCACCAGAUGAUGCCCUACAUGAACGUGGGCACCCUGUCGCGCACCGAGCUGCAGCUCCUCAACCAGCUGCACUGCCGGCGGAAGCGGCGGCACCGUACCAUCUUCACUGACGAGCAGCUCGAAGCGCUGGAGAACCUCUUCCAGGAGACCAAGUACCCAGACGUUGGCACCCGCGAGCAGCUGGCCCGGAAGGUGCAUCUCCGCGAGGAGAAGGUGGAGGUCUGGUUUAAAAACCGCCGCGCCAAAUGGAGGCGGCAGAAGCGGUCCUCUUCGGAGGAGUCGGAAAACGCUGAGAAGUGGAACAAGACGUCGUCGAAGGCGUCGCCCGAGAAGAGGGAAGAGGAAGGUAAAAGCGAUUUGGACUCGGACAGCUGA